GUUGUGAGUUUGGGCUCAAAAGCAUAGCGUGAAUGCAAUGAUUACUUAAAACACAUUACGAUUGUGAUUGUGAUUCACAUAUGAUUUGCACAUUCAUUGCAAUCGUAUGAAGAAAAUGCCAAAAAGGAGACGAUUGGAGGGUCUGUCGCACAACUGGUCUCAGUUCGGCAAUGAAAGUGAUGGCGAUUUCGGUGAUCAUCACCACAAACACGGCGAUGAAGAGGUGAACGACGGACUCGCUUUGGCACCGACACCACAGCCUAACCACUCGCUCGACAACAAUGACAACAAUCACAGCGUUUGCGACAAUGAGUUGUCGGUCUUAGCCGACUGUCCCCUCGCGAGCGCCACCGCCACGAAGACCGUCACUCACGAGCUGAACGGCCAGUCGUUGUCACCGAAUUUGGACGAAAAUCAUCGUNUGUGGCAUAAGAUCGCAAACUCUAUGGAACCCAAUGAGGUUGUGGACAAAAAUAUUCAAGAGAUUUAUGGACUCAUUAAUUACGGCGAGAUUUGGAAGAAGUUUGGCACUAAAUUUGAUAACAAAUUAAGCUUUUCUUUGCAACAAUUGGUUAAUUUUGGUCAUACGACAUUCAAAGUAAAAAAAGGCAGAAUUCGCGUCAAAACUCCCAUUUGUAACGCAUUGAAGAAAAUUCAUAAAAUCAAAGUCGCUGAGAAUGUCGACCAGAAUCUACUGAAUUUGCCGAAAGAGGUGUGCAUUGAGUUGCAUCCGGCGAACAACGAGUCGUGGCUGAGAGUGCACUCCCUGUCCCAGAAUCCCAGAGUCAGAACCAAAAUGUCUUUACAAAAGCGUUUGUCGUGUUUAGUCGAGUAUCUGGAGAAACGCUGGAAUCAGUCGCGCCUUAAAGACUCGGAGUGUCGCACACUGUGCGGGACAUCCCUUCCCAUCAACACUUCCGGUGACCUGUGUUUGCGGGUUAGGCCCCACUCUAGCGGUCAUCUGCACAACGUAUCGCUCAGUAAAUCGUAUUUCAAUUCAUCGCAAAUGGAUUUAAGUCUUACGGCUUAUGUGAAGACUCUAUACAAUCAGGAGUUGAAGACAAAGUCGAAGAAAUCGAAAGCAAGUAAACCGUCGAAAGACACCAAAGACUCGAAUAGUGAGCCGAAUAUGAAGUCACCGAACAGUGAGAGUCCCGACGAAAAGCUCAGAGAAAGUGACGAUAAAAACAAUUCAUCGAAAGAGAGUAAAACCGAUUCAACGGUUAAUAAGUGGUCGGAAGGCGAGGGGAAGUCCGAUGAGGACGAGCCUAAGGGAGAGGCCGAGCGGUCGUUGGCUUUGCUACGGAUGUUGGAGAAGAUGAACAGAAUGUGCGAAGAAAUACACGGAACGGAUGAAGAGGACGACAAGGAAGACGACGACCAGAACAAGGAGGAGGAGGACCGCGACAUCCCUUCGCCCGACACUAAUGUGAACGUCUGUCUCCCGGAGCCGCCGGCCAAUGCAACGCUCGCCCAAUGGCUGAGUACUGGCGAUGGAGAGCCCGAAGACAAUGAGGACAAUGAAGUGGAGGACAACGAGAAGAAGACGCCCACAACGACCGACACGAAUGAGAAUCAGAUUUCGACGCUCAGCGCCAACAGGGCUCGCAAGGGGUGGUCGCUCACCGAAACCGGUUCCAUGUCUAUCGGAGAGUUGUAUUUGUUGUUCCGGUGCCCGAAGACUAUUCUAUUGGAGUACGUCUGGGAACCCAUUCAACUAAAGGUUGAGUUGAAUACCACUCCUCCGGACAAUGAAGAGUCUGUCGUCACAUCCAGUGAUGACACGAAUGGUAACAAAGAGGAGAAAACAAAUGUUUCCGUUGCGGACAAAGCCGACAGCUCUGAGCUCUUGUAUCGACUCUUAUUAGCGGCGAAUGUGUCGCUCCUAUCGAUGAAAAGGCCGAUCAAUGCGUCCACAUCUCAGACCCAGAAGAAAAAGCGUAUAAAACCGACGCAAGUGUUGGUGCCCUCCGUUUCGUCGCCUAUUCUCUUGAAACCGAACGACAAUUCCUCUCAAAUGCUAUCAAAUGUGAUAAAAAACACAAUUUUUAACGACAAUAACAGUAACGACGGAAACCCAAAGCCAGCGAACGCUGCGACAGACGGUGUGGCCGUCGCUAUGGAUGCCGCCAAAGGCGACAACUUUAUAGUGCCGACGACUCCGGCGCCAAAAGCCGUUAAUAAGCCGAAGACACGCAACGUUUGCGGCGCUUCUAUUCAGGAGGCCUUACGGCAGUUGCAGUCAAACAAAUACACGCGCCGUCAGCGCCGGCCCACUCCUAAGCCGGUGUUCGGCCAGAAUAAGCCAUUACUGCCGCGCGGGAGCCCUCCCAACAUGACAGUGGUGUCGACCGCGACGGCCACUGUAGGCCAACAACAGCCCAUUUACGUGAUCCCGUCGCAGACGCUCCACUUAAACGCCUUGAGCGCCGUAACCUCCCAGCCCUCUAGCCUUCCAGUGAUAGACAUGACAGCAUUAAAUGCAAACUCUUUGAGACAGACCUUCAAAAGCCAUUCAACUAACGACUCAUUUAAUGUGAUUUUGCCUCAAAAGGCGCCACAAAUUAGUGAUAUAAACAGUAAUCAGACGUCAGUUAAUAGACUCAUCGAUGGCAUCAAC